AUGCAAAGCGACGCGGAAAACCCGAAAAUCGUCUUCCGCAACCGGACCGCGGAAAACUUCGAGCCAAUCGCGAUUCUCGAUCUUCAUGUCCACCGAAAACCUCCGAUCUUCCACGAGAAUCUCGUGAUGUACGCGGAAGAGGCGCGGAAUUGUACGCGACGCGUUUCCGCGUCGUCAAAUUUUGCUGCCGGAAGAAUCGCCGCAGUACGAUGCUCCGAUCCCGCGGUCAAAUUAUCGAUCGCCGCCAAAAAUUCCAUCGAAUUCACCGCAUUUUGCAACGACACUCCGCAAAAACGCGAGUUUCUCAUUUUCGCCUACACGGAUUGUUGGCAAAUGAAGUUAGCGCAAGUCUGGCGGGUUACUGUAGUUGCGAUGAGGCGAAUUGAUUUGCGGACGGUCGCCGGGCAGAUGACGAAAUAUCGAUUGAGUGUGAAGAGACGCAGGUAUGGUGGAUUUUCGGGGGGUACUGUAGAUUUUGGCGCGAAAAAUUGCGGUUUUUUGAGACCAAAUAUGACUUGGGUUACUGUAGAUCAAAAAUCCACGUUUUUUGAUACUAAACAUGAAUAGGAUUACUGUAGAUUUCUAGAUUACUGUAGAUCUUAGGUUACUGUGGGGGAAUUUGCGGUUUUUUGAGACCCAAUAUGGCUAGGGUUACUGUAGGUUUCGGAUUACUGUAGAUCAAAUUUUGGUGUCAAAAUUCCACGUUUUUUGACAUCAAAUAUGGCUAGGGUUACUGUAGAUUGCGGGAGUACUGUAGAUCAAAUUUUCGCGCUAAAAAUUUUGCAGUUUUGGUGGGGUACUGUAGAUCUCAGGUUACUGUAGAAAAUUUGGGAUUUUCUGAUACUAAAUAACCGUGGGUUACUGUAGAUCAUUUUUUGGCGCGCGCGAAAAUCCUGAAUUCAAAUAUUCCUGAAUUCAAAAAAAAUUCAAAUUUCAAAAUCUUCCCGCCAAAAUUUGAGCUACAGUAAUCUUUUCGUAAAAUCUUUAUUAGGCCAAGAAAAAUAGCAAAAAAUUUUUAAAAAAAUGUGGAGAAAAACUAGGCCCACGUGGCCCUAGAUUUAGGCCUAAAAAUAGGCCUUUCUCAGGCCCACGUGGCAAAAUAUUGACGUGUUUUUCGAUCGUAAGUGGUUGGCAAAUACAAAUCUUUGGUCGGAAUAUACAGUUCCCGCCAAUUUUUGA